CUCGCCGUCACCCUCACCCACAUCACAAGAGCGCUUCGCUUCUUCUCCUCUUCCGCAUCGCAUCUCAUCUCCUUCCUCCAACCCAACCCAACCCACCGUACUAGUAUUGACUUUGGUUUAUUUUGCCCUCCCUUCCAUUGAUUCUACUCCUACUCCUACUACUUUUUUUUUUGUUUUUGUGUUUUUGUUUGCUUCUACUAGACUACUACUACUCCACUCGUCUUUGCUUGCCUUUUGUCACCCACUGUUUAACCUCAAUUCUCGUGCUCUGGGAGAGAGUCUACUACUAGGGAUGGGCACCGGCGGCGGCAGGGUCGCCCUCGACGGCGGCGGCCGGCGCCGGAGGAAGCUGGACGAAGAGGAUGAUGAGGAGUAUGUGGCGGACGACGACGAGGAGGAAGACGAAGACGAAGACGAGGAGGAGUACCAACAGGCCGCCGCCCCCUCCGACGACGGCGAGGAGGGGGGCGACGACGAAGCGGAGCCGGAGGACGAAUCUGAUGCGGAUUUCGUCGGGGACGAGGAGGAGGAGGAGGAGGACCUCGAAGACGAAGAUGAUUUGGAGGAGGUCAAGGCGCCGCGCCCCAAGCGCCCGCCCAAGGGGAAGCCGCCGCCGAGAUCUCGCCGUCGGAGGCAAAAGGACGACGACGAUGACUACGAAGAGGAGGAGGAGGAGGACGCCGACUUCGAUCCGGACGUGGACGAAGACGACGAGGAAGAGGUAGAUGAAGAUGAAGAGGAAUUUGAGCAAGAUGACGACGAUUCCGAUGAUUUUGCCCCGAUUCGCGUCAGAAAGACCAGCACCAAGAACCACGUGGCCAAGCGGAAGCCACCACCCGGCCGUAAGAAGAAGAAGAGGAAACCUUCUAGGGUUUCUAAGGCAAAGCCUAAGAAGCCCACCUCAGGGCGCCGCCGGAGGAAGCGAUGGGCCACCGAUGACGACGAGGAAGAAGAGGACGAUGCGGAUUUCAUCGUGGAGGACGAUCAGGAAGAAGAGGAGGACGACCACCGCCCAAAGAAGAAGGCCAAGGCUGCUAGGAAGACCAGGGAUGUCACGCCGGAGCCGGAUGUCGAGGCAAGCGCAUGGCCGGCCGUCGAAUCAGACACUUCAGAAUUCGAAUUCGUGACAUCUGAUGAAGAAGCUGCUGACAAGGAAGCACCAGCCGCUGAACCAGCAAAAACCAAGGGGAAGAAGGGCAGGAAGAGGUGGGGAUCUGGGUCAGAGUCAUCAUCUGAUUCUGAUUAUGUCAUAUCAGAGCAGGAACUGAAGGAUCUGGAAGUCUCCAUGCCUCCAGAUGCAGCUCUGCAAUCACCUGCAACCCUGCCGCGCCGGACCUUUCUUUCAAGGAGGGUGGGGGAGAAGGGGAAAGAGCCUGAAGAGGCUUGGAAACAGACAUGUGGGAUAUGCCUCUCGGAAGAACAGAGAGCCACGAUACAGGGUGUGCUUAAUUGCUGCGCACAUUACUUCUGCUUCGCUUGCAUCAUGGAGUGGUCAAAGGUGGAGUCCAGGUGCCCAUUGUGCAAACGCCGAUUCACAACAAUUACCAAGUCAUCAAUGGCAGAUCUAGGGCUUGGAUCAAGGAAAGCUGUCAUUAGGGUAGAAAAACGUGAUCAGGUGUAUCAGCCCACAGAAGAGGAAAUGAGACGUUGGUUGGAUCCGUAUGAAAAUGUUGUAUGCAUAGAGUGCAAUCGUGGUGGUGAUGACAACCUCAUGCUACUAUGUGAUAUUUGUGAUUCCUCAGCACAUACCUAUUGUGUUGGUCUAGGAAGACAAGUACCAGAAGGAAACUGGUACUGCGGAGGAUGUAGAUCCGGUGGGGAGGGCCCCUCUGCACAGGAUACGGUGGUUCACUGCAGAGAAAGUAAUACCAACCCUGCCAACAGUAGUUCUGGAUCAUUUGGCUCAGCCACACCAAGUGGAGUGUUCCAGAGACCACCACCAAUCAACACCCAACCUUCUCUACAAGGAUUCGAUCUAAAUCUCUCACCAAGAGAAACCCCUGAUGAAGAUAAGCGAGAAGAGUCACAUGUUUCAGCUGAUGCUGUUUCGACUCCUACUGGAAGGCAUGCCACUCUCGAUAGGAGGCGGGCCUUUAACCGACGAAUUCGCAUCCUUCUAUUUAGACCAAGGGUCACACCUAAUGGGUGGCAGAAUCCGAUUCAGUCUGACAGGACAAUACCAGAGAAUGAACAAAAUCCACAGAGCACGUCCACUCCAACUGAAGUGAACCCAUCAUGUUCCAGGGAUAGUUCUAUGCAGAACCAGCAGAGUAGCUCAUCUUUUGUUCAGCCAGCAAGGGGUCUUAUUGAACGCACCUAUGGGGGUGGAAGCAAUUUCCAACAAACAGAAGGUGCUAAGGAACAGCUGAUUCCUAUUGUCAAGAGGAACCUCAAACUAAUGUGUGCUCAGUCCCCAUUGGGUCAAUCUGAUUUCAAGAAUGUUGCACGGAGAGCAACACACACUAUCUUAGCACUGUCUGGGAUUGCACACAACGAGGAUUUUGUUGUCAGUACGCCUCAUCCUCUCCCUAGCCAUUGUAACCAUGCCUGUGAUGGUCAGGAACCAGCAUUUCUCAUGAGAACCUGCUGCUCAUCAUGCUUCAACUCCUUUGUUGGUGGUGUCGUCAGUUACAUUGCAGAAAUGUUUACCUGAAGAUGCUGCCAUCAUCUAUUGACUUGACAAUUUUUCUCUAUUGUUGUCAUUCUUUCAAUUAUAAACAGAUCAAAAGAUUAUACAACCACAGACAUGUUACUCAAUGUAUGGAUAGUUUAAAAUAUAAUGCAUUUUUAAUGACGCAUUCUGAGCUCCA